AUGUCAAGUAAUAACCAACAUCUUCAUGUUAGUAAUACUCAUCCGUCUACUUAUCAACAUCAACAACAACAGUCACAAUAUGAAUCAAGUUUUGAACCUCCCACACCUAUUGCAACUCCAACUAAAAAGAAAAGAGGUAGACCUCCGAAACCAAAUAGUUUAAGUCAAAGAAUUACUCAUACUAUAAAUAUAAAUAUCAAUAAAAGUCCAUUUCAAUCACCGGCUGAGUCAAAUUCAAAUUCAAUUGUGAAACAAGGUCAACCUGAUUAUUUUACUCCUGUUAUGAGAGUAUCUCCUACAAAUAGAAAUUAUCAGACCAAUAAUAGUAUAAAUCCAGUUAAGAGAAAAAGAAAAAAUUCCAAUAUUUCAGUUACUAGUACUAGUUCAAAUUCUUCAUCAUCAUCUUACAAUACAUCACCAAUUAAUUUGAAAAAACCAAAAUUAUCAAGUUAUACUACCGUAACAACCACCACUCCAAAAAGUAACUCAAGUGUAUUACCUUACAAUACCCCAUUAGAAACUUUAGCUGAAAUUAAAUCUCAUUCAACACAACAAUUGUUAUCUCCUGUUUCGAGAAAAUCGUCCUCUAAUGAUUCACAAUUUCAACUAACUUUACAAAUUGAUGAAAAUGGAAAAGCUGUUUUGAGAAAGGAAAAGGAAAAGGAAAAGGAAAAUGAUAAGGAAAAGAAAAUAGUUGAGAAAACGAUACAAAUAAGAGAAGAAAAGAAAGAAGAGGUACAAGAAUUAGAUCAUGAUGAUACCGAAACUGAAACUGUUGUUAUUAAUUUACCAACUCCAAUAGUUCAUGGUAAUCCUGAAUCUGAUUCUCAUUUUAUUCAUACAGAUCAUACUAAUAAUACCAAUAUUCCAAAUUCAUCUAUUUUAUUACAACAACAAACCUCAAUUAAUGAAUUUUUAGAAGGAUUAAAUGAUCAUCCUGAUUUUAUAAUGACUGAUUUGUUACUGCAUCAACAACAGCAUUUACAACAACAACAAUUACCUAUUCAAUAUCAACAGUUGCCCAUUCAAUAUAAUUCGCAUUAUCACAAUUCACCAUCUCAACAAUAUACUAAUAUUCCACAUUAUCAACCAUCAAGCUCAUCAUCUAGUUCAUCGAAUGAUGAUUCUGGUGAUGCAAGAUUGGCAUUGAAAAGAAUUUUGGAAAUUAGAAGAAGAUAA